GUCACCGACCCGAAUGUGGGGCUGACGUGAGGAAGACGGACGGGAUUUUCUCCAGCAGUAGCGGGAGUGGCGGAGAGGACAUGUGACGGAAGUUGGCGGAAAUGAAGCGAGCAGACACCCAGCAGCAGGAGCUCAGCUCGGGACAGGAUGAGGCGGGAUCAGAACCUGGGCUGGUCAAAGAAGAAGAGGAAGAGCAGAGGGUCACUCAGGGCGCAGAGCCAGCAGACUUGCUGGUGGAGCAGCUGGACUGCAGCUCUGAUGUGGACCCGCUGGAACCACAACCUCCACAGGUCAAGCUGGAAGUGGCGGAGCAGGAUGUGGCAACUCUCCCGUUCAGGGUCAUUGUCAAGACUGAGGAGGAAGAGGAACGGGAGACCCCGGAAGGUGAAGCUGAAGGAGGUCAUGCUGAAGGUCCAGAACAAUCGGAGGACUCUCUGGCAGCAGAGUCUGACACUGACGACAGCGAGGACUGGAAAGAGAGUGUUGGACCUUACUCCAGUCGGGGGUCUAAGUCUGAAGUGUCUGACAAGAGUUCCAAACGUUUCUACUGCACCGUGUGUGACAAGAGCUUCUCCUUCAAGGCGUCACUGAAGGAGCACAUGAACAUCCACACGGGCCACAACCUCUUCAGCUGUGAAGUCUGUGGUAAGCUCUUCACCAAGCAGGCACGAGUGAAGGCUCACAUGAGGACCCACUCCACCGAGAAACCCUUCGGCUGCCCGGCCUGCGACAAGGUCUUUGCUCACAAAGAGACGCUGAAGGAGCACAUGAACCUCCACACCGGAGAGAAACUCUUCACCUGCACUGUCUGUGGCAAGAUCUUCACCAAACCCGUCUACCUGAAGACACACAUGCGGAUUCACACAGGUGAGAAACCUUUUCGCUGCGCAGAGUGUGGAAAGAGUUUUGUCCAGUCUGGAGAGCUGAAGAUCCACAUCCGGACUCACACUGGAGAGAAACCGUACAGCUGCUCGGUCUGCGGGAUGUGCUUCAACCAGUCGGGUCAUCUGAAGACUCACAUGAGGAACCACACUGGAGAGAAACCCUACCGCUGCAACGUGUGCGGUAAAAUGUUCUCGCACAAGCCAACCCUGAACGACCACAUGAACCUCCACACGGGCGCCAACCUCUUCAGGUGCCAGGUCUGCAGCAAGACCUUCACCAAACAGGUGCGGCUGAAAACUCACAUGAGGAUCCACACGGGGGAGAGACCCUUUUGCUGCUCUGUUUGUGACAAGGGUUUUACACAGGCGGAGCACCUGAAGAACCACAUGAGGGCUCAUGCUGGAGAGAAACCCUUCUGCUGCCCCAUGUGUGAAAAAGGCUUUACGGCCAGAGGAAACCUCAACAGACACAUGAAGCUCCACUCAUUCGAGUUUGUGGACGCGUCGUCAUCCAAGAGUGAGCCCACGUUCUGCUCCCAGAACCCUGAAGCUGGCUCACCUGGAGACCCCGGCGAGACCGGACUCCGGAGGGAGCCACCUCAGAAGAAGCACUGUCGACUUGUCCCAACAGCUGUAGGGACUCUGCCUUCCGGACGCUGACUCAGACAAUUGGUCGUCGCCGUUUGAUAUUUUCACCUGUGAUUUUGUUUUUGCACCGCUUUGUCUAAGAAGUGAGUUGGAGACGCAGCACCAACGCCUCCGUCAGAGUUGAUUUGUCAGAGAAAAAUGAUCCAGUUGAGUUAUUAUUUUAAUAAAGUCAUUGGUGGCUUGAUGAACUCUGCUCUCAGAUGCAUAUUCAAAGUGUCAGCUGUUUCAAUGGCUGCAGUUGAGCCUGUGACACUCGUGUUUCGGACCGGGAGCCUCCUCACUGUCUUCCUUCAGUCAAGUGCCGUAAGGUUUCGACCAGUGCUGCUUGCACCCAGUCAAGCAUUUGACUGCUGUGCUGCCAAAGAAUCAUUGCGAAACACGCUCAGCAGGCUGCGUGAGUCUCCAACCCUCCGUUUUUUUUUCCACAUAGGUUCUGUGGCAUUUGACUUUGUGUAGCUUCGCAGUUAUGGCUGAUCGUGGCGAGAAUCGAUUGACCAUGAGACGUUCUUCUGAAUUAAAUGUACAGGAUCAAACCAUCGUCUUCGCUGCCUUGGAAAACGACCUAUUCGUGUGGCUGUCACGUCUACCACAGCAGGGCCCAGACCCCUGGUUGGGCCGCGAGUGCCUCUUUAGAGGGCCGCUAGAAGUUUUUGUUUCACCCCUCUGGGCCGUGAGACGCUCAUGGUUCUAACCCAUGAGCCACGUGUGGCUGCAGUAGUGAGUCAGUGAACUGACCUGACAUCUGUGAGAGUCACCAACUAUGGAGAAGGUCUUGGAAAGAAACAAUGAUGAAGGAAGUGGUGGCGCCCCCUACAGUACACACUGUUCACGAAAGCACCUGUUGGGGCAGUUUUGAAAAUGAUUUACAAAUCUGAUGGCGGUACUUUCAUUUACACUCAUAUCUUGUUUAGUUUAUAUUUUGAAAAUAAUAUGUUUUAUUCUUAUUUAGAAACACAUAUUUAUUUCACUGAAAUUGGU